AUGAAUAAUUCCGAAAAAAGCAAAUCUGUUCGAUCUGGCUCUGCAAGGGUGAGAUCAGCUAUUGAAAGAGCUGGUUUGCUCCAACAAAGAGAGUAAUUGCGCGAGAUGCUUAUAAGCAAAUUUAGCAAAGAUUAUGCUCAGGGGAAUAAAAAUAAAGAACUUCUAAUAUAAUAAAUAGUUAAUGAAUACUUUACAAAUGAGCAAGUUACAGAAAACUCUCUAAAGCAAUUGAAAGCAAGAGUAAUUGAGGUUGUUCAAAAAUAGAAGGCUCUGAGUCAGACAUAGCAUAUAUCCUAGAAUAAUAAUAAUUCUCAUGUUGACAAUAAAAGUGAGUAGAAAUCAUAAAUUCCUCGACCUCAGUCUGUCAGGAAUUCAGCGAAAUCGGAAGUUGAUCAAGAUUAGUAUUCGGUAACGUCUUCUGAAUUUGAAAAACAACCGAAAUCUGUAUAUGUAGUAGACGAGGAGGAUGAAUGGGCUGCAUUAGUUAAAUUUGAUACAGAACUAUAUACUAAAGAGUAGCAACUUGAGUAAUAGAGGUAGGCUGAGUUUAAGAAAAAGAUGAAGACAGAAUUAGAUAGACAGUUGGCAGAGAAGAAGCGAAGGUUGGAAAUGGAGAAGAAACAAGAAGAAGCUUAUGUCAAAUUAAGAGAUUUUUAGAUGAAUGUUUAUGAUUAAAGAGAAGAGCAAAAGAAGAGAGAGAUAGCAUAGAAAUAAUAAAUGGAGAAAGAAUAAAGAGAUAGGUAAGUCAGAGAAGAAGAAAAGAGAAAGUAUUUGGAGAAGAAGAAAUAGUCAGAAUUAGAUGCCAUUUUAGUUUAAAGAAUCCAGGAAGAAUUAAAAUAGGAAUAAAGAGAAACAUUGUAAAAAAAAGAAAUGGAGAAAAGAAAGUUCAUAGAAAUGAUGGAUGAAAAUGAAAAAAACAGAUGCAAAUAAAUCUAAGAUGAAUAAACAGAUAAACAAUUAGAAGUUGACAUGCAAAGGAAUUGGAAGAAGAGCGAGAAAUGGAGAAAGAAAGAAAGAGAAGACAAAAUUAAAAAGAUAAUGAGUGAUUUUUCAUAGACUGUAGUCAAGAAUCAGAAAGAUUAGAUAAAGGCUGAAGAUGAUAAAAUGAUGAAAGCUAUAUUAAUGCAAAAUGAGAUAGAAUAGUAAGAUGAAGAGAUGAAGAAGAGACAAAUCAAAUCAUAAUAGUUGGAGAUGAGAAAAUACCUCACAUAAGUAAAUGGAGGAUAAGAAAGACUGAAAGAAGAAGAAGAGUUAAAUAAGAAACAGGCCUAAGUUUGGCAAUAGGACCUAUAGACAUUCCAAAAACAUGAGAAAUCUAAAUAUGAUUACAUAAAGGAUGUGAAUGCGAAGCAUCAAGAGAUCUUGAAGUAACAAAUCGAUGAGAAGAAGUCAUAACAAAGACCAAGGAACAAAAUGAACAACGAAGAGUUGAUGCAUAAUAAACCUUUGUUAAGGGAAUUGGCUGACAAACAAGAUACUAUUAAGGUGAGGAAAAUAAAUAUAGGAUGA